UCCAUAGAUAUUCCCGAUUUCGUAGCGUAUAACUACUUUAGUGGUGUUUAGAAAAAAUAAGAAAUAAAAAGAGAAAUAAUUAACUGCUGCAGAGUACCGAAAGGAAAUGACAUCUGCAUCCACUUCAGACUCAACAGAAUUUAUUCAGGUGGAACAGUUACGAACAACAAUGUAUGACACAAACGACGACAACGCAAUGGAAAGGUUUAGUACAUCGGAUCGUUACCAACCUGUCGAGUAUGUGAAAAAAAAACGUACAAAGCGUGAGAGACUGGAGACAGUUGUACCGGCGCAAUUGGCGCAAUGGGUGUACAUUCAACAACCUCCAAAUAUCACGAUGUCCGCACCAUCGCUAAGUAAAACAAAUUCGACAAAUCUACUCAUCAAUUCGGUUGCACCAAUCAAAAUGUCAAAUUUGCAUACUACUAAAAGUGUAUCACACAGUGCGUCGUUGGCACCAAGUCAUCAGAAUGUUAUUUUAGCACACCCUGUAACUAAGACUCAGCAUGUGUAUAUGAAGCCGGUUUCAAUGGUUCCCGUGACCGUAACACCGGUUUCAGUAUCCAAAAACAGUUUAGCUUACGUUACCAUGAUUAAACCCGGUCAACAGGUUGGUAUUUCGACAACAAAUCAAAAGUAUGUGUUGCAACCUUUACCUAAAAUUACGAGCUCUCGAAUACCGGCAACUGUCACCACAAACUGUGUCCAGUCUAAGAUUGCAAUUAUGCCAUUUCCUCUACACAACACAACAACGGUUAAAAAACCAUCUAAUAACAAACAUAAAGUUUUCAACUUAAAAAUUGCGGACGGUCAAUUGCAAUCCGAAAAACAGAGUGGUAUCACUGUCAUGUGUGACAACACUACAGAAAGCCGGGUUGACAAUAAUCUAUCGUGUACAGAACCCCUCAAUCCGGAUGAGGGCGCUAGUAAAGUUGAAUCGGUUGAAGACAAAACGUACGAACUAUCAAUUGUAGAAGACUCAAACUCCACAGGCGACAGUAAUCUUACCACAAACAUUACCGACGACAAAGACAAAAAAUCUCAAACGCACAAAGAUCCGCAGCCAAAAUUUCAAAAACACGGCGUGUCGAUAUUAAAAAAAAAUUACAACCCGGAACCAAAAUCGGAAAAUAUCAGUAACACAACAACGCCUAAUUCCAUUACAACCAUUUCAGAUAGUAAUACGAAAGAAAUUACGAUUAGUACAAAUGCGUGUUACACCUCGGACCCCCCUGUGAUACUACCGGAACCUAAAGUGCUACCCCAAAAAUCGGAACGACGUAGAAAAUCUAGUUUUAACUGUAGAAAAGAUUAUGACGAAGUCGAUUUAAUUUCGAGUAGUUUCUGGAACGAAACUCCUCCUGUUCUUCCCAUGGAGAAGACAUCUCUGAGUAAUUCCAAAAAUUUCGAUAACAGCGAGGAGUCGAUGGAGUUCAGUUCCGUUAAGGACGAAACUGACAUUAAUAUGAACGAAGAAUUCGACGCGAAGAAAAUCCUAAGCUGGCAAGAUGGAAUCGGCACCCUUCCCGGUAGCGACAUUCGUUUUCAAAUUAACGAGUUUGGCCUGUUAGAGUACUUAAAAAAUGAUGAUUUCAAUAAACUUAAGGAUGAAAAGAAAGUGCCAAAGGUGAAGGAGAAGAAGAAUUAUCUCACGGAUGAAAUGAGAUGCUUGGGUUGCGGAUGUUACGGUUUGCCAUCGGAGUUUAUUACCCCCAAGUUCUGCAGCUACGAUUGCAAGGAUAGCGCUGAGAAGAUUGCCAGAGAAAAAGAGUUGAAACGAAAAAGAAGCUUACUGAAGAGGGCAGCUAGUGAUCAGAAUAUAAAGGAGAUGAAGUUGGAUAAAGACGAGUCUAUCAGUGAAGAGGAUAGCACGUCGAACGACUGCUCACAAGACAAGUACAGCUAUCCGUGGACAUGUACCAAGAAGGGCUUCUCUUGGACCAAAUACUUGGAACAUAUGAAAGCGAAAGCGGCUCCGGUCAAGUUCUUCAAGGACGCCUUUCCGUAUAACAGAAACGGUUUUCGCCCCGGCAUGAAGCUGGAAGGCGUCGAUCCUCAGCAUCCUUCGCACUUCUGCGUUCUUAGCGUUGCCGAAGUGAGCGGAUAUCGAAUGAGAUUGCAUUUCGACGGCUAUUCGGGAAACUAUGAUAUUUGGGUGAAUGCUGAUAGUAUGGACAUUUUUCCGGCAGGGUGGUGUGAAAAACAUAAUCACGUUUUGCAUCCGCCCCCUAGUUACGGCGCAGAUUUCAGCUGGACAAAUUACCUGAAGCAAACUUGCAGACCGUUAGCUCCAAAGCAUUUAUUUGCCAAUAGAGCUGGCAGUACGAUUUGUCCGAACGGAUUUCGUGUGGGAAUGAAGUUAGAGGCAGUUGACAAAAAAGACUCUUCCUUAGUGUGCGUCGCUACAGUUGCGGACAUGAUGGAUAGUAGAAUUUUGGUACAUUUCGAUAGUUGGGAUGACAUAUAUGAUUAUUGGGCAGAUCCGACAUCUCCAUACAUUCAUCCGGUAGGUUGGGCGGAUCAAAACGGACAUAGCCUUACUCCGCCAAAUGAUUACCCAAACCCGGAAACAUUCACGUGGGAGAAAUACUUGAAGGAAGUUAAAGCGACGCCAGCUCCCGUACGAGCUUUCAAGCAGAAACAAAUUCCCGGAUUCAAAAAGGGAAUGCGACUUGAAUGUGUCGAUAAACGGGUGCCCCAGUUAGUUCGUGUAGCGUCAGUGGACGAAGUGAAGGAACAUCAAAUACGGAUUAGUUUCGACGGUUGGCCGGACCGUUACAGUUAUUGGGUGGACAGUGACAGUCCAGAUAUUCACCCCGUUGGUUGGUGUCAGAAGACAGGUCAUCCCAUAGAACCUCCGUUAACACCCAACGAUGUGUAUGACUUCCUCGAGUGUCCCACUGUCGGUUGCAGAGGACAGGGACACGUUAUGGGUGCAAAGUUCUCGACUCAUUCGACAACAGCCGAUUGUCCAUAUUCCGAUGAGAACUUAGGAAGAGAACAUGUGUUACCUGAUCGUUUGUCAAGUCCCGAUAGGCGACCGCAGGCUGUAGUGCCUGUGUCACGGGAACCAAAAGAUACAUCGAAACCUAAAUUGGGACGACCUCCAAAAAUGCCAAGAUUAGAUUCGCCAAUUAAGACUGAAUGGUUACCUGAAGAUGGCAAUAGUGUAGACUUGCAACAACCUUUAAAAAGAAAAGAAAAAGUGUUUGACACGAAGUGUGAUGGAAAACUACCUUUUACAAAUGGAUACGAUAAUGAAUACACGGAACAAAUUUGGGAGAAGCAUUCGAGAUAUUUAAAAAAGUACGUAAAGAGGAGUUUGGACCCUAGAGAUUGGGAAGAAGAGGACGUAGUACAGUUUAUUGCUUCCGUGCCCUAUUUUGAAAAGCACAGCGCUCUAUUUAGGCAACACAAAAUUGACGGUGAGGCACUCUUAAUGCUCAGCCAACGUGAUAUAAUCGAAAUAUUACGUAUUAAAUUAGGUCCCGCGAUUAAAUUAUAUUGUAUUAUAAUGUUACUAAGACAAAAUAUUAUAAGUUAGUUAUGUAUUUUUAAUGUGAUAUGUUGAAGUUUUGUAUAUACGAAAAGUUCACUGGUACAAGUGAAUACAGUGCGUAUCGAAAUAUUUUUCAUAAUGUUGCACGAAUUAAAAAAUAUAUCUGAUUAUUUGGUUCUA